AGCCAACGGUUGCUAAAGCAAAGCUAGCGCAAAGCGGCUCGGUUGGUCUCGUAGAUGAGCUUCAAUAUCCAAUCCACGAAAAGGAUUUAUUCAAUUCAAAACAGACGACAGAUAAAUACACCACACUCCUGCAGAAGAUGAGGCCUUUUCCUCGGGAUCAAAGGGAAGACAGCGCCGGACUACAGGAGGAAAACCAUCGAAAAUACAGAAAAGGGGAACCGCUUUCUUUUCCUCGCAAUCCGCUAUCCGGGUGUCCGGUGUUAAAGAAAAAGGCUUCACCUGAAGGGAAGGGGGCUACAGAACGGCCUUGUGUUGUUAACAGUACUGUGAGGUUCAAUCUCUGUUUUUAUCGUUCCGCAGUGUGAGGCCACCUCACCUGAUCGGCGCGUGCGGCUCCUCUCUGCAUGACCUCCGGGACCUGCGGCCAGAUGACCUGCCGACCUCUCGCCGCUUCAUCAUGAAUCCCGUCAGCUACCACAGCGUGAGGGCCUCCGUGAACGGCGGUCAUCCCAAUUUGGUCCUGGAUCGGGUCUUGAGCUCCUCCAACGUGAAGUGCUGUCAGAAAUGUGGAUUUGCCUCCCCGGACGCGGCGGAGCUGAAGAGGCACAUGCUGGAGCACAGAGGGACGAGGUUCUACUGCUUUUACUGCAACAAGGUCACGUUCAGCGAGGCGGAGUUAAACGCUCACCUGAAGCAACACGGCUCCAAGUAUCCGUUUAAAUGUCCUCACUGUGGACAGGGCUACAUGCGGAGGUUGUGCCUCGUCAAGCACAUCGAUCGCCUGCACAGUAAAGGCAUUGGUCAAGAACUCGCUAAGCCCGGCACGACGAAAAACUCCCAUGUCCCUGUCUCCGGUGCCUUAUCUAGUGUGCCCACUGCUGAUCCGGCAUCAUUCCGUCCGUCCGUCCGAGUGACGGUGCCCAUCCCGGGAAUGUCUGCAGUCAGGCCGGCUUGGGAUGAACUGAGGGGCAAAUCACUGGACACGAACGGGGCAAAUGCCACGCACGGCAAUGCGGAACUUCUGACCCCUUUGAAUGGACACGUACAGCACAACAGAGCUCUGACGGUCUCUCUUCCGGAGGAGGUGACGAUCCCCGCCGGGUGUUUGGUGGAGCUCGUCGAGGUGAAGACUGUGAACGGGACCAAGGAGCUGAAGCUGAGGCUCGUCUCUCAACAGGAAAACGAGUCUGUGAUAAAAGAGACGAGGAGCACGGUCCCUCCAAACAGUGCACUGGGAAAGCCCUUCUUAUACUCAUUAAAUCGCCCCAACGCGGCGAAAUCCAUGAGCAUGGGGAUGUGCACCGUCAACAGGAAGCAGUGCGAGACAAACCCCGUGAAUUCGGGACGUCCUGCUGCUUUCCCCGUUUCCAAAAGCCUCCCGAAUCACGUAAACGAAGAGAAAAAUGGAUUUAAAAGAGCAUCACAUGAAAUAAUCAACUUGGAAAGUCCCACAGUUGUUCCGAACAAGGUUCCCAAAGUCAUCCUCAACACUGCAAGAGAAGGAAACAGUGUGAUCCAAGGCACUCCGAGCGAACCGGUCAACCACAAUGCAGCUGUGCCCUCGGUUAUCUGCAACAGGCUCGGCCAAAGGUUUGCGAGCGCCCUGCAUCCAGAGAACACGGGAGCACGUGUCUCUCAGCGAGCCGUGGACGAGAGGACUAAUUUAGUUCCAGAGCAUUCCAAGGGUAUCCCACGCAGCAGGGCGAGUGACUUAAAGAUCCCUCCUCGGGAAGUUUCUGUGGCUGUAAAGCUGGAACCGGGCGAGAUGCGCCUCAAGAGCAACACAUCGCCGACGAUAAAAAAAGAGGCGGCGGGCUUGAACCAGCAACAUUCUUCUUCUCCGGCCUUGAGUGUCCUCUUGGCGGCAUCCGCCCAAGUGAGACCUCCGCCGAAACUACUUUGUAAGGACGAGGUUUCGUGUCCGUCCUUUUCCAUUCCCAGAAACCUAAGCGAGUCCUCGUCGGUCAAAACGCCGGCGCCGUCCAACUGCAGGGGUCCAAAGGAGUCGUCCUGGGCCCAGGAAGUAGGGUCCGGUCAGAGGGCGGGAAAACGGGACGCGCUAGAGCCUGAGGGUUUCCCCAUCAUUUCCUCCGUGUUUUCACUUAGCCAACAGCCGGAGGACGUCCAGGGCUCCAUGCAACCGCUGGUCAUGGCGCUGCGCGGUAUAGUGAUGGAUAAAAGCGGUGGCCCCGAAAGCAAAGCUCAAGAUCACGUCAAGGUGCCAAACGCCACGGAGCGGGCGGCGGAGACGGCGACAUCCCACGCUCGAGUGUCCGCAAUAGACGCACCCACCAUCCACGAGUGUUUGGUGACGGAGCGGACCGGUGACUCCGUCAAAGUAGAGGAUAAAGGUAUGCAGCAUCCUCCCGCACCCACCGACAACCCCAUCAAGGAGGAGAAAAACGGCACCAAGGCGACAGCUGUUGAGGAACAAAGUCCCGCUCCAGCUACAAAAUCCUCCACGGACGAGGAGGCCGUUUCUGCAAUUGCUGCGCGUGCGGGGGCGGAGCCCCAGCGCCCACCGGCGAAAAGUGAGCACGACAUCCCAAAGUUCCUGACUGUCUCGCUCAAACGGGUACAGGUGGGCCUGUGGAAAAAAAACAGGAAGGGGCUGAAGCUUAGACUAUCCAAAUAUAAGACGCCUGUGGGCGGGCUGACUGACUGCGCGGCCAUUUACCCGAUGCCGCUGAAGGUGGACCAGCUGGUGAAACGGCCGAGCCCCUACCAGCCCGUGGUGGUGCUCAACCACCCGAAGCCCCGGGUCGCCAUACAGGGCGCCAGGUUGGACGCCGUCACGGACACUGGAGAGUUCGAGUCGGCUCCCAAGUGCCAAAUCUUAAAAAUGAGGCUGAGCAAAGUGAUGGGGCAGAAGUACGAGGUGCUGGGCUGCACCGUCGGCGUCUUUCCGUGAAUCCACCCGCGCCCAGAAAUGGGAUUUCAAUUCUGAACAAAAUGACUAGUAUUACAACAGGAAGGUGAUGACUUAAAGAAAGAGAAAAUAUGAGCGAGGGAGGAUACGAUUAAAAAAAAAAUCUGGUUAGCAUUGUGUUACAUGUAUGUUGUUUGUACAGGCAUGAAAUGUGGAAUAUUCAAGUGCAAUGUGGUUUGACUACCUUGAACUGCUUUGGGGGAUUUGCAGUCUUACACAGAUGCUGAGUACUGCUCCAGAUGUUUGGGAAAGUAGUAGAUCUGCCAAGGCGGAAAUGCAUGCUGUUUAUUUAAAAAAAAAAAGAUAACAUCCUGUGGUUGUUAUUUUUUGUUAUAUUUUCAUCAGUAACGCUCCUCUAGAUUUGACCAGAUGUGUGUGUUGUACACCUGAGAGUAUCAAACUCACUCCCUCAGAACACAAUGUGGCAAAGAACCGAACUGAAUGAUGAACGAAUAGCAUAAUGUUGAAAUGCUUGUUUUGUGUCAGCGUUAUAGGCAGAUAUGUUGAGCGGGAAGCCUUGCCCAACGUUCAGCAUCCACAGCAGCCCCUUUUUUCUCAUUUUAACGCACAUUUCAACAGUCCGAGACAGAGACAACCAAUCGUUUUCCAGCCAUCGCACAUGGAAAGAGAGCACUGCUUCUUCCUUUUUUCUCCGGAGAUGAAGUUGUGAAGGCACUUAUGUUACAUCCCAAGUCUUUUUAACACAAUUGCCUUAAAGCUAAUCAACAAGGCGCGUUCAGCUUUAAAAAGCUCCUCCGAAUCUGUUCUGAGAACUGUUUGAGUUAACAUCCGGUUUCAAGUGUGCGGCACUCACUGUUGUUUAGUGGUGCAUUCAGGAUACUCCUUCAGCACACCCAGAAAUUGGAGGAGUAUCGCCUGAGUUGUAUUUAUUCGGCCAACAGUCACUGGAAAAUGAAUCACCUGAACUGGACCAAUAGGGGAAGAAAAACUACUACGUGGUGUAAAUAAUGGAAGCUGGGCAUACACACUCUUCUGUCUGUUCAGGUUUCUCAGUUUGGAUGUAUUUUAAAUGACCGGGUGUUGCAGAGAAAUGGUUAAUAUUUUUUUGCCAGCUCUCCUUAAUGUGUUGUGUGAAGGGAAACGUCACGUGUAUUAUAAACAUUUCUCACCAGUGUUCUCCAUUUUCACCCCCCCGAAUCACGGUGAUAAAACCUUAAUGUCAUUAACUUUGCCAGUUGAUUGGGAGUGCCUGAAUGCACCGCGAGUCAUUAGGUCUGAGGCUGGAGCCAACAGCUUUAAUCUUGACAACUGCUGAUACAGAAGAAAAUAGUCUUCACGAAUCAUGAUACAUUUCUCUUCCAAAUAUAUUUCAUUCACUUAUUCAAAGCAACAGAAACUAAUGUCAACAUUGUCUUGCAUUUGUUUGUUUUUCUCCUUGUCCCAAACGGUUGUCCGAUGACCCGUUCAUGUAACGCCUCUUCGCAGCUCCUUAUACCAGUGGUGAAAUAAUGGAUCCGACGAAAGUCUCGCGAGCUGGUUUAUUACUGUUACAGGAAGCCACAUGCUUUCAUCUGAUCUUAUGUACAUAAUAAGCGAUUGUUGUGAUUCCCAGAGCCUGUUAUCUCCAUCAAAAGGACACAAGCAAUCGUAUCUCCGGGUGCUCUGCAGAACUGUUUGGGUUCUUGCGACAGCAUCACAAUGUUCGUGUGUGUGUGCGUGUGUGUGUGUGUUUAUAAUCAGUUACCACGAUGUAUGAGGUGCUCCACCUAACAAUUAAGAGGUUGUGGUGGCCCAGUCUUUAUUGUGUAUAUACGUUCUGAUCACUCAGAUUUUAUCAUGUACAUACGUAUAAAUAUGAAAUGUGAUAGCUGUUGUUCAUGCUCUGUAGGGAAUGGUUCACAUUCCACAGCCUCUUCAGCUAAAGCAGUUAAGUUGCGCUUUACUCUCCUGGAACUGCAGAGUCAGAAACUGACGUACUUUAUUGUUUGUUAUAUAAAUAUAUAUUAUUAUUUUAAGGGCGUGGGGGAUCCUUCUGAAUGUUUUACGUUGCCUUCCAUACACUUCUCAUUUGUGUUUAGAAAUACUUAUGUCCCUUUUUAAAGCUGUUUUUGGUUCAUUAUUUUUGUUUUCUUAUUGUGUCUCAUGCUUUUAUAAUAACAGUUAUGUAACUACUCUUUUUUUCUAUUAAAAAAUGGUUGCAGUAUG